AUGGCAGCUUCGAUAGCUCCGGAGUGCAACGAUAUCAAAGAAAAAUAUGACACUUGUUUCCUCAAGUGGUACAGUGAGAAAUACCUUCGAGGCAAAACCUCAUCAAACGAAUGCGAGGACCUCUUCUCCAAGUAUAAGACAUGUUUGAAUAGAGUCCUCAAAGAAAAAGGCAUCGAAGGCAUAGUCGAAGAAGCGCGGAGGAACAGCAGAGAGAGCGACACCGAUUUUCUACGAAGAGAAGAAUAA